GAAAAGUUCUGGUUAUUUCCAUGAUGGGCUCCAGUCGCUCCGCCGUCCUGGUGGCGUCCUACCUGAUGAUAUUCCACCACAUGACCAUCAUGGAGGCCCUGACGUCCUUGAGGAAGAAACGUCCCAUCAACCCCAACGAAGGCUUCCUGAAGCAGCUGCGAGAAUUCAACGAGAACCUGAUGGAGGAGCGCGAUGACGACGACGAGACGCUCAGCCAAUGCUCCGUGAUCGACGCUCGCACGCGCACUCGCAUCUUCAACGAAGGCGCGGAUGAUGAUGACGACGAUACGGAUAACGAGGACGAGCAGAGUAUGAUCCAGGUGAAAGCUAACUCCAUCAUGAUGGAGGAGGAGGAGGAUGGAGAGAGUGUGAUGAGCAGCGUCGCCUCGUCAGCCGCCGCCGCCGCGCUCAGGAGUGGACUGAUCGGGGCACAGAAUGGUGUGGACAACCAGGGAUCUACCUCCGGGGAGAUUGUUCUACCCGAGCAGGGCGCCGAUGAAGACGAGGACGAAGAUGGCCUCGACGGUAUGAUCCGCGAGUGGCAGCGGAGAAAUGAGAAGUAUCAAAGUGAAGAUUGGUGGGAGGCGCAGCUGAACAGUGAAGGCGAAGAUGUAGAAUCUCUUUCAGGAGGUCCGCCGAAGAGGACGAAGGAAGGUGCAGACGCCGAUGUGGACAGCGUCACCAGUGAGGACGUACGAGCUGUGAAAGAACGGCUGAAGCGUCGCAACAGACGCCCGCCUUCUGAUGCGAUGUCCACCUCCAGCAGCACGAGUUACUCCGAUCUCUGGAAACAGCGUCUGAGAGAAAUUGAAGAUCAAGCCGCCGCUCGUUACCACAAGAAAGAGGACGACGAAGGCAGCGAGAGCACCGCCACGGAGGGAGGAGAAGGAGGGAGGACGAAGAUUGAUGACGAGGUGCAGAGUAUCCUCUCCGACAACACCUCCAUGUACAACUUCUGCCAGAAGAACAAGGAGAAGCUGACGCCUCUGGAGCGUUGGAGGAUCAAGAGGAUCCAGUUCGGCUGGAACAAGAAAGAUCACGAGGAUGGAGAGAAGAGUUCUGUCGGAGACGGAGAAAACAGCGAGGGAGAGGCGAAGACCCCGUCUUUCCAAGACGUCAACCUGACGGCGUAUCAGUCGUGGAAGCUGAGGCAGCAGAAGCGUUUUGGCGAGGAGAACACUGCUGAGAUUCUGGAGAUGAGUCGAGGUGAGGACUCUGCCACGAUCAAACGGAGACAAAGACGGGAGGAAAUCCUGGAGCGUUCGAAGAAGACGUUAGAAGAGAGUCAGUCUCUGUGUGGCUGGGAGACAGAGAGCUGCAUCAGCGGAGGUACGAUACCUCUGUCUGCCUUCUGGGCUGGAGCCGGGGUCACAGGCCCGCCGAGUGUCGUCAACGACGACAACAUGUCCAUGCUAAGCGGCAGGUCUUCAGCAAUAUCCUCGGUUUCACAAGCUCGCAGCUCAAGGUCGGCGCAGUCCGCAGGUCCUCUUCAUCCACCUGUUCCUCCCAUCCUGCCUGUUCCCACGGUGCAGGGCCCGGGAGGUGAACCUAUGGUCAACCUGGCGAGCAUCCAGAACUGGAUCGCCAACGUCGUGUCUGAAACGAUCCAACAGAAGCAGACCGAGAUGAGCCUGCCGCCUCCAUCACGUGCAGGAUCGGAGUUUGGCUUCGGACGAGGUGCAGCGAGUGUGAUCUCCGGCCGGGGACUCGAUGAUGACAAGGCGUCCUUGUUGAGCGGCGCGUCCUACUCCAGCGCUCUGUCCCAGGGUCGUGGCAAGGCAGCCUCGUCGGUGCUCUCAGGUGGAGGGUCGAGCAGCAUCUCAGGACUCAGCGGCAGAGGUUCGGCGUUGGGCUCAACCAUCGGCUCCACCCUGGGCUCAAAGAAAAACAAGAUCACUACCACCAGCGUUCCACUGUUCAGCCUCUUCCAGGACCAGGUCAACCUGGGAAAACUGGACGCCAUCGACAAGGAGAUCAAGUCUGAGAUGAGGGGCAAGAUGGCGACCUACGAGAAGAAGAAGAUCCUGGAGGACAACAGGCGCAGUACUUUGUACAAGAAGAAGAAACCAAAGGAGGAUGAAGAUGAGGAGGAGGAGAGUAAGAGGAGAGAGGAGGAGUUCCUCGAGGAGGCAAAGAAACCAGAGAAACCUACGAGGACGUACGGUCUGUCUGGAUGCCUGAAUCUCAACACAGCUCUGGAGAAAGAAAAGAACACCAGCAUCGACGAUUGGCUGAAAAGCGUCCGGCCUCCUCCUGGGAAAACGGCGUCCGGAGCAGAAGCUGGUCCGUCAGAGGAUCCCUGCGAUGAUCUGGACGCCUCCGCUUCUGAAUUUGACUUCUCGAGCCGCAGGGCGUCCUACGCUGUUGACGAGGAAGACGAGGAAACAUACAGCUCCAGAUACAGGUCGAGGUUACGCGGCGAUCCGUCGAGCGAAGUCGCAGAAUACUCCUCCAACCGUUACAGCCACAGACGGGCGGAGAAGUCGUACGGGGCCUACAGCGAGAGCGACGAGGGGACGGAGAGCUACGCUGACCUCUCCGCCAAAAGAAAAUUCGUGCACCGGUCUCAAUUUGAAAGCAGCGAGACAGAAGCGAGGAGCAGCAGAAGAGGGCAAGCCAACGACAAUGAUGGUGAGGAGGAGGAUGACAUCGCCACCUUCAUCGCACAAACCAGGCAGAGGGUCCGAGCUCGAGCUGCGGCGGAGGCUGAGGACGACGAGGUUCUCGUCGCUUGGAGAGCGCAGCAAGAAGCGAAGUCACAAAGUCGGAGGGAUUCGUAAAAUACAACUGACGAAGGGAGGUUGUAGGAAUUUAGAGCUAGGUGCUAACUAAGCUAAUUCAAAGCACAGACUGUAAAUGAAAAUGGACGACGUGACAGAAGCUUGAUGACGCUCCAGGAUCACUGCUGCCCAGACAAGAUGGCGGUGCCCGUAUCUGGGAUAUUUUCGCUUCACGGAGGAGGAGGAGACAUGUCGUCCAUCUUUGUUUUCAGUGGAUAGUUAAAAAAACAGCUUUAAUUGACUCUAAUGGUUUUAAAAGUGUGAAAAUAUCUGAAAACUCACUUUAAGAAAGAGUUUAGGUGGAUGAAGAACUUGAAACUUCAAGAUAUCAAAAUUAAUUCACAUCUGUAACGAAUAUUAGCACCUUUACCUUUUGAUCGUGCAUCAAAAUGCUGUUUAAUGUAAUUUCCAGAGCCUGUAUUAUUAUAUUAUAUUAUUUUAAUACUUGAAAUGCAUAUGAGGUUUUUGGUAAACGAUCAUAAAACUGAUCGAGAUGACGAGAAACUCCUGAACAUAGAAAAUCCUGUUUGUACCGUGAGAUUAUUUUGUUAUUGCAAUAAAUAUUCAUGUUUUCCUGGA